AUGGGUCGUGGAAAAAUUGAGAUAAAGAGGAUUGAGAAUGCGAAUAGCAGACAAGUCACCUUCUCCAAGAGGCGUGCUGGUUUGCUCAAGAAAGCUCAUGAACUCUCUGUUCUUUGUGACGCUGAGGUUGCUGUCAUUGUCUUCUCCAAGUCUGGGAAGCUCUUCGAGUUCUCAAGUACUAGUUGCAUGAAGAAAACGCUUUUGAGGUAUGGCAAUUACCAGAUCUCUUCAGAUGUUCAUGGGAUUAACUGUAAAGUUGAGAACCAGGAGGAGUGUACAGAGAUGGAUCUUUUAAAAGAUGAGAUUUCAAAGCUUCAAGAGAAACACUUACAGAUGCAGGGUAAGCGGUUGAAUACUCUGAGUUUGAAAGAGCUGCAACACCUUGAGAAGCAACUAAAUUUCUCAUUAGUAUCUGUUAGAGAGCGAAAGGAACUAAUGUUGACUAAACAACUUGAGGAAUCUCGGCUUAAGGAACAGAGAGCAGAGCUGGAAAAUGAGACCUUACGUAGACAGGUUCAAGAACUCAGGAGUUUUUUCCCAUCGAUCAACCAACACUAUGUUCCAUCCUACAUCAAAUGCUUCCCUAUAGAUCCCAAGAAGAACUCACUCUUAAACAAUACUUCUUUGGGAGACAUUAACUGCAGCCUCCAAAACACCAACUCAGACACAACUUUGCAACUAGGGUUACCGGGAGAAGCACAUGAUGGAAGGAAGAAUGAAGGAAAUAGAGAGAGCCCAUCUAGUGAUUCAGUGACAACGAGCACGACUAGAGCAACUGCGCAAAUGAUUAGUCUAGCUUAG